CAGCUUACACCUUGGCUCUCCCUUCACAUCAAUAUGGCAUUGCAAGGUGUAGAGCAAACGAUCCUUCGGGAUCCGGCUCUAUUUUACUGGAUUUUGAUUCCUAUCUCCGUUGUCAUGAUUCUGACCGGCAUGCUCCGACACUAUGCUACAAUCCUAAUGAACUCCCCUCCGAAGCCUCCCGCGACCCUAGCAGAAUCCCGCGAGCGCCUCUCCCUGUUCCGCGCCGUCAACCUGCGUAACCACGCCCCAGCUGUGCUGUCGAAAGAGGCUUUUGAGAUGCGAAAAAACUACCUUGUCACGGGCUUUCAAACCGGCGCCUUUUUGAAGGACCCCAACAGUCGCGGCCAGCCACCCGCUAACCCAAUGUCAGAUCCCGCUGCUAUGGAGGGCAUGAUGGGAAUGAUGAAGGGAAAUAUGAUGAUGAUGAUUCCGCAGACCCUGAUUAUGAGCUGGAUAAAUGCUUUUUUUUCGGGCUUCGUCAUUUUGAAGCUCCCGUUCCCUCUUACCAUCCGCUUCAAGUCGAUGCUGCAGUCUGGUGUCAUGACUCGUGACUUAGAUGUGCGAUGGGUGUCCAGUCUGUCUUGGUAUUUCCUGAACUUGUUCGGGCUGCAGUCUGUUUUUGGAUUUAUUCUCGGCAGUGAUAACGCUGCCAACCAUAUGGCUCAGCAGAUGGGCCCAAUGGGUCCCGCUGCUGGAGCAAAUCCGUUCCAGCCUGGCCAAGAUCCGCAUAAAAUGUACCUGAACGAAGCAGAAAACCUCGAGGUUUUUGAACAUUUCAGCAUUCUCGAUGGCAUUGAGGAUAGAGUUCUGCGCAAAUAUGGUGCUGCUCAAUAG